UAUCGCUACUAUGUCAAUCUUGCUUUCUUUCCCAAUCCUAACAGCCUUAGUGCAGCUCGGAGGAAAGUAAGAAGCCAUAACAUUGCUUUCCAUGACAGCACGUGGAGGAAGAGAGGUAUUUUUUUUCUCUCAUCAUCAGACAGAAAAAGAAAAUAAACAUGUUAAUUCGAAAAGAGAUUCUCGCGUCCGUGGUGGCGAAGGGAUCGAACUCUUACUAGUUCCUCACAUCAUCUACCAAUAAACCUAUCUGAAAUACCACAGGCACCACACAAAGAUCCAUUGUUACUAUAAAAAUAACGUAGAUGAAGAUGGUGACACCUGUUAUUCUCCAAAAUGGUUCUUCUCCAGUAUUUAAGGUGUUAUUUUGGUACCAGAGAUUAGUUACAGAUUGAUACGGUCAAUUGGUAGUUUUUUAGUUAUUCUUAGUUUAGUUUCAUCGAGUCAUGUUCCCCACAAUCCAAGCAAAACCUAUGCUCUAAUAUUAGAGGUGCAGCCAAAUUCCUAUGGUGUCAAUAAACUGCACAAAUUUCGGGUGCCUAAAACUGGAGAUCUCUUUCCACAACCUCUCAAUGGCUGUCAAACCUUUCCUUUCUUCUCCUUGAUAUAACAUCCUUCUCACAUUCAUUCCCUCCUAUAAGCAGCCUUGGGACUUCCAAGGUAGUCAGUAAUGGCUGAACCUCUCAGAGUCUUGGGCUGCUUUUUCUUUUUUUCCUUUCUCUUAUCUUCUUUCUCAAACUUCUCUCUUGCCUUAACUGAUGCUGAAGCAUCUUCUAUUGCUCGUCGCCAGCUAUUGACAUUACAUGAAAAUGGUGAACUUCCAGAUGAUUUUGAGUAUGAGGUGGAUGUGAAAGAAACCUUUGCAAACCAAAGGCUCAGGAGGGCAUAUAUUGGUCUCCAGGCCUGGAAAAAGGCAAUGUACUCCGACCCGUUUAAUACAACUGGCAAUUGGGUUGGCGCCGAUGUGUGUGCUUAUAAUGGUGUGUUUUGUGCACCGGCUCUUGACGACUCUGGUCUAAGCGUUAUGGCAGGUGUUGAUCUUAACGGUGCUGAUAUUGCUGGGUACCUUCCAGCUGAAUUGGGGCUUUUGACAGAUGUUGCAUUGUUCCACAUUAACUCUAACAGGUUUUGUGGAAUCAUCCCCAAGAGCUUUUCCAAGCUCACACUCAUGUACGAGUUUGAUGUCAGCAACAACCGCUUUGUUGGUGACUUCCCUUCUGUUGUUUUAACCUUGCCAAGCCUCAAGUAUCUUGACAUCAGAUUCAAUGAUUUCGAAGGUAGUUUGCCUCCAGAACUCUUCAACAAGGACCUCGAUGCUUUGUUCUUGAAUGACAACCGGUUCACAUCCACCAUUCCGGAGACAAUAGGCAACUCCCCAGUUUCUGUAGUCACAUUUGCGAACAACAAAUUCACUGGCUGCAUUCCACACAGCAUCGGCAAGAUGACCAACUUGAACGAGGUCAUCUUUAUGGGCAAUGAUCUUGGUGGUUGCUUCCCAGCAGAAAUUGGGCUGCUUGGUAAUGUGACUGUGUUUGAUGCCAGCCACAAUGGGUUCACAGGAAUCUUGCCGUCCAGCUUUGCAGGGCUAAAGAAGGUUGAACUCUUGGAUCUUGCAGACAACAAGCUGACAGGAUUUGUGCCUGAGAACAUUUGUAGGUUGUCAAGCUUGACGAACUUCACAUUCUCGUAUAACUACUUCAAGGGGGAGGCUCAAGCUUGCGUGCCUCCAUCAAGGAAGGACACCGUGUUGGAUGAUACCAGCAAUUGCCUGUCUGACAGGCCAAAGCAGAAGUCAGCCAGGACAUGUUACCCAGUGGUGAGCCGACCUGUGGAUUGCAGCAAGGACAAGUGUUCUGGAGGAGGAGGUUCUUCAAACCCCCAUCCAAAACCACAACCCACACCACCUACUCCAGAACAUAAACAAAUCCCAUCUCCACCUAAAUCUACUUCUACUCCAACACCAUCAUCACCAAUCCCUGCCCCUCAAACACCAGAAUUACCAAAACCAGAACCUAAGUUACCGCUGGCUCCAGUUGAACCAAUUAGUCCAUCAACACCAGAGGUAUCCUUACCACCAUCUUUAUCAAUUAGUCCUUCAACUCCGGAGAUAUCCUCACCACCAUCUUCAUCAAGUCCAUCUACCCCAUCAUCUGACCCAUACAAUCCAGGACCUGGUGGGCAUGGCGAGACACUGCCAUCACCAAAAUCUGCACCGUCACCCAAUCCAUUUAAUAAUUCACCAGUUGGGCACAAUGAGACACCACCAUCACCGGAGUCUGCACCGUCACCCGAUCCAUUCAAUAAUUCACCAGAUGGGCAUAACGAGACACCGCUAUCACCGGAGUCUGCACCGUCACCCAAUCCAUUCAAUAAUUCACCAGAUGGGCACGACGAGACACCGCUAUCACCGGAGUCUGCACCGUCACAAUCACCGGAGUCUGCACCGUCACCCGAUCCAUUUAAUAAUUCACCAGAUGGGCACGAUGAGACACCACAAUCAUCGGAGUCUGCACUGUCACCCGAUCCAUUCAAUAAUUCACCAGAUGGGCACGACGAGAUACCACCAUCACCAGAGCCGUCACCGGAUCCAUUUAAUAAUUCACCGAAUGGGCAUGAUGAGACACCAACAUCACCAGAGUCCGCACAAUCACCUGAUCCAUUUAAUAAUUCACCAAUUGGGCACGACAAGACACCACCACCAUCAUCUGAGAUAUCUAUACCACCAUCACCCUUAAUUAGUCCACCAACAUCGGAGAAACAUAUACCACCAUCAUCAGAGUUUGCUCCAUCACCUGAUUCAUAUAAUUUACGACCUGGUGGGCAUGACGAUACACCACCAUCACCAAAAUCUGCACCGUCACCUGAUUCAUUUGAUAAUUCAUCAAUUAGGCAUGACAAGACACCACCACCAUCAUCUGAGAUUGCUAUACCACCAUCAUCCUCAUUUAGUCCAUCAACUUCAGAGAAACCCAUGCCUCCAUCACCUAAUUCUACACCAUCACCUAAUUCAUAUAACCUAGAACUUGGUGGGCAUUAUGGACCACCACCAUCACUAAUGCCUUCAGUAAAGCCCGAGACACCAGAACCAUCACCACAACCAGAAAUACCAAUAGUAAAUCAUCAUUCUCCUUUACCUUUGGUUCACUCACCUCCACUACAACCAGAAACACCAAUUGUAAAUCAUCACUCUCCUCAACUUCUAGUUCACUCACCUCCACCAUCAUCACAAUCCCUACCCCCUCUAGUCUAUUCACUUCCACCACCAGCACAUUCACCCCCACCAUCAAUUCAUUUCCCACCACCACCUGUACACUCUCCCCCACCACCCCCUGUGCAUUCACCACCACCACCUAUCUAUUCCCCUCCACCACUAGUUUACUCUCCCCCUCCGCCAGUACAUUCACCGCCACCACCAGUGCACUCUCCCCCACCGCCAGUACAAUCAUUCCCACCACCAGUGCACUCUCCCCCACCACCUGUACACUCACCCCCUCCACCACCAGUUUACUCUCCCCCUCCGCCAGUACAUUCACCGCCACCACCAGUGUACUCUCCCCCACCGCUGGUACAAUCACCCCCACCACCAGUGCACUCUCCCCCACCACCUUUACACUCACCCCCUCCACCACCAGUUUACUCUCCCCCUCCGCCAGUACAUUCACCGCCACCACCAGUGCACUCUCCCCCACCGCCGAUACAAUCACCCCCACCACCAGUGCACUCACCCCCUCCACCACCUAUACACUCACCCCCGCCACCCGUGCAAUCUCUCCCUCCACCACCUGUAAACUCACCCCUGCCACCCGUGCACUCCCCACCACCACCGGUUCAUUCUCCUACAUCACCCAUACACUCCCAUCCACCACCUGUAAACUCACCCCCGCCACCCGUGCAGUCUCUCCCUCCACCACCCGUAAACUCCCCCCCACCACCAGUUCAUUCUCCUACACCACCCAUACACUCCCCUUCACCACCACUUCACUCUCCACCACCACCAAUUAGAUCACCUCCACCUCCAGUUUUCUCUCCACCACCAGUAAUUGUAUCUCCUCCUCCACCUCCCCCGGAAGAAGACUUCAUCCUUCCACCAAACCUCGGAUUCCAAUAUGCAUCACCACCUCCACCAACGUUCCCAGGCUACUAAUUAGUAUACAUGACCAUUGUUUGUAAUUCCGAAAGGCUAAUGUACGCCGCUGAAAAUAAACUUGGGUACUUCAACUUCUUGAUCAGAAAAUAUAACGUUUUUUCCCCCUCUUCAUGGAAUGGAAGUUCUUGUUGGUUACGUUACCGGAGAUAUGUCUCUUUCAUUUUCUCUCUUUCUCUAUCAUAUCUAAGCAAAAACCGAGGAACUGGAACAAUAUGUUGCUACCUUGACAGUGACAAUGAUUUGCUUGUAAACUACAUUUUCAAGGAUCUGAUAUACAGAAGAGAAUAACAUAAUUUUUUUUUCCUGUCAAUGCCACAUGACUGGUUUUUGUACUUGGUGUGUAUGCCAUCAGAGUUUCAUGCAAGGUAUUCCAGUGGAAUGAAAGAUCAUAGCCAAUUCACCAA